UGAGCCUCUCACAAAACAUGGAGGAGAAUUCCGACCUUGACCUGACCUACAUCACUGAGCGAAUCAUUUCAGUCUCCUAUCCAGUGGGGGCAGAGGAGCAGAGUUUCCGUGCCAACCUGAGGGAGGUGGCACAGAUGCUGAUGUCCAAACAUGGCGAGAAUUAUCUCCUCUUUAACCUGUCCGAACAGCGCUACGACAUCAACAAACUCAACCCCAAGGUGGUGGACUUUGGCUGGCCUGACCUACAUGCCCCUCCUCUGGACAAGAUCUGCAGCAUUUGCAAAGCCAUGGACACCUGGUUAAAUUCAGACCCUCAGCAUGUGGUUGUCAUUCACAAUAAGGUAAGGACCACGAUAUCUUCCUCUCUUUACGGAAGUCUCAGGGUGAAAAUCCCACCCCGUAUCUGGCCAGCCUGACCUUGGAUAACACCCAGAGUCCGGUCUCUGUCACCGCUGUCUGCUGAGUCAGUCAGUAACACACCAACCUGAAACCUCCCACCAAUCAUCUUUAUCCUCCAAUGUUUCUGUUUUUAACUUUCCUGAACCUUGUUGUUUAACUCUUCAGUCUGAUCCGAGGAAUACAUUCACACGGUGGACCUUCAGUAUGUUGUGGAUGUGAAUUCACUCCAUCAACC